AUGGCUAAACGUGGCAUUGCUUUGAUAGAAGCCUACAACGGCUCAUUGACCAAAAACGAAGAGCAGUUACAAUAUUUAUUGAAAAUAAUGCAAUAUCAUCGUCAAAAAUACCCCAAUUGCAAUAAAGGCAAACUUAAAAAUAGCAAUGGUCCUUCAAUUUUUAUUGCGGGGUUUUUAACACUGACUCAAUCGCAUCCGGUAGAUGAAACGUUGGGCAACUUCAUCGUUGACGUUUCCACCUCGUUAUUUUCAACAUGGAGAAUUUCAGCUCUCCUCUGCACCAACGACGAGGGCAGCGUAAAUUUUUCUCGGCAAAUGUCACGAAAUUAUGUAAUGAGCGAAGUGAUUAACUCAUUUGAAAAUUUGGAUCCAACGCGGUUGGAAUCCGAAGUCGAUCAUCGAUUCAUCAUCGUUCUCGAUCUCGAUUGUUCCGGUGCUCUUGAUAUUUUAAUCAAGGCGAGUGAAACAAGAAUGUUUGUAGCUCCAGCGAAGUGGCUGUUGAUUCAGGACCUUCGGAAUCCCACGAUAGAAAGGAAUAUAUCGAAAGAUUCAGCCUUGACUAUUAUAGGAAGCGAUAAUUUUUCGUGGGUGAUUGAAAAUUUUCGUGAUCUCGACAUGUUACCUGACAGCGAAGUUGUUUUGAGUCGUAGAAUGGACGAUGAUUCCGUUGCAAUCGUGUCAUUGUAUCGUCCCAGCGCUGUGGCUGAUUUGAUCCUUGAGGACCGAGGAUAUUGGACUAAGGAAACGGGACUAUUUAUUCGUGAUGACGUCCCUGCGUCCAGAAGACGACAGAACCUCCGACAAACCCACCUCAAAGCCUGUUUGGUUAUAACGGACGAGGACACUUGGAACCAUCUUGAUGAUUUUAAGAACCUACUCGUUGACGCACCGACAAAAUCAAAUUAUCCAUGGGUUUUUCUCCUCGCAAGAAGGAUGAACGCCACUGUGAGUUUCACGGGCCGAGAUACGUGGGGUUACUUGCAAAAAAAUGGUUCUUGGAGCGGCAUGAUAGGUAUGUUGAAAAAUCGUGAAGUAGAUAUAGGUGGCUCGACAACGUUCCUCACGGCAGACCGCAUCGGAGUCAUCUCCUAUAUACAAUUGUACACACCAACAGGGUCCAAGUUUUUAUUUCGACGACCGCCACUGUCGUAUGUCAGCAAUCUUUUCACUCUCCCCUUCGAACGCUCCGUUUGGAUCGCCAUUGGUGUACUUCUAAUUCUUGUCAUCGGACUUCUAUACGUGGCUAUGAAGUGGGAAUACUCGUUGAAAAUAAACAAUGAAAUUCCUCUACAAGAUUGGACCGGCAACAGCGAUGUCGCCCCGACUAUCAGUGAUGAUCUGCUCGUUGUUAUGGGAGCUGUUUCUCAACAAGGAUCUUACUACGAGCCCAGGAUCGUUCCUACUCGAAUAAUCGUUCUUAUGGCUCUCAUAUCGACUCUGAGCCUGUAUGCUUCUUACACCGCUAAUAUCGUGGCACUUCUUCAAUCGUCUGCAGACACAAUCAAUUCGCCACAGGACCUAAUGAACAGCCCGAUGGGAAUUGGCAUCUACGACGUCGUUUACAAUCGCUACUAUUUCCAGGCUGCUCAAGAUCCUGAACGAAAGAAGUUUUAUGAAACCAAAGUAAAAGGGAAAGAGGAGGUUUGGCUGGGUCUUCGGGAGGGUAUGAGCCGAGUAAGGAAAGGCCUUUACGCCUUUCAUGUCGAAUAUGGAGCUGGUUAUCAAGUGAUACAAGAAACUUGGGAGGAGGGUGAGAAAUGUAGUGUUCACGAGAUCGAUUAUCUCAAAGUUCUCAAUCCUCUUCUCGUUGUGCAGCAUCGAUCGCCAUAUCUUGAAAUGUUUCGCGUGGGAGCUUUAUGGAUUCGUGAAACAGGUCUGCAGUACCGCGAAAUUUCGAGAAUUUAUAUCGAUAAGCCCGUUUGUCAAGGACAAAAUAAUUUCAUCAGUGUUGGUAUAAUUGAUUGUUACGCGGCUUAUAUGACGUUGGCUUGUGGUACUGGGAUCACCUUUUUUAUUCUCCUGCUUGAAAUAAUAUGGAGCAGAUGGUUUUCGUCCAAGUCAGAAGAAGCGGAAUCAACGAUUGACAUUGUGGAAUGAAGGUUCGCUUCAUUGUAAAUGAGAACUAAGCUUGAUUUUCUCGAAAAAUUUACUUCGUUAUAAGC